CUAUAAAGAGGCUUUGCUUUUUGGGGAGGAUCACCUGCACCAGGUGGAGCCCCAGAAGACCCAUGUACUCCCCCGACAGCUCGCAGGAGCCCCCAAAUAACGGGACCCCAGGGCCCUUUGAUGGCCCCCAGUGGCCCCACCAGGCCCCACGGGCCGUGUACCUGUCGGUGGCCGUGCUGAUGGGCCUCGUCGUGGCCUCUGCCUCGGUGGUGAACGGCUUGGUCAUCGUGGUUUCCAUCAGGUACAAGAAGCUCCGGUCCCCCCUGAACUACAUCCUGGUGAACUUGGCCGUGGCCGACCUGCUGGUGACGCUCUGCGGCAGCUCCGUCAGCCUCUCCAACAACAUCAGCGGCUUCUUCGUGUUUGGCAAACGCCUGUGCGAGCUGGAGGGCUUCAUGGUCUCCCUCACAGGCAUCGUGGGGCUGUGGUCCUUGGCCAUCCUGGCCCUCGAGAGGUACGUUGUGGUCUGCAGACCCCUGGGAGACUUUCGGUUCAAGCACCGACACGCCGUGAGUGGCUGUGCCUUCACCUGGAGCUGGUCACUGCUCUGGACAACCCCACCACUCAUGGGCUGGAGCAGCUACGUGCCUGAAGGUCUGAGAACCUCCUGUGGGCCCAACUGGUACACGGGCGGCAGCAACAACAACAGCUACAUCCUGGCCUUGUUUGUCACCUGCUUUGUGAUGCCCCUCGGACUGAUCCUCUUCUCCUACGCCAACCUGCUGAUGACCCUGCGAGCGGCUGCGGCGCAGCAGCAGGAGUCGGACACGACGCAGCAGGCGGAGCGGGAGGUGACCCGGAUGGUGGUGGCGAUGGUGAUGGCCUUUCUCAUCUGCUGGCUGCCCUACAGCACCUUUGCACUGGUGGUGGCCACCCACAAAGACAUCACCAUCCAGCCAGCUCUGGCAUCUCUGCCCUCCUACUUCUCCAAGACAGCCACAGUUUACAAUCCAAUCAUUUAUGUCUUCAUGAACAAACAGUUUCAGAGCUGCCUGCUGCAAAUGGUGUGCUGUGGUUACCACCCCCGGGGGACUGGGAAAACCUCUCCGGCUGCCCCCCGUCCCCGCCCAGGCAUCGCUGCAGAGGGGCUGCAGAAUAAGGUGAUGCCGUCUCACCCCGUCUGAGCGCUGCCAGAUCCUGCCUGCACCAGCGCCAGCUCCAGGCUCUGCCUGUCCCACCCAGACUGGUACAGCACGGGCACAGAGCAGGCUCAGUGCUGGACGUGAGGGGGGGCUCUCAGAGGUUGAAGUCCCCAGCAGUCCACAGGGUUCUCCAAAGAAAGCCAUGAGUGUCUUCUCAUGGGAGAGGAGCCACCAAUCGUGGGAUAAACCGCAGACUUUUAUUUCACUCUCCUAAGGACACCCCCUCCCUUCCAGCCCCUCACCUCGGGCAAUUGUGAGCCUUUCAAGAACAACAACAACAACAAAAAAACCCGAAAAUAAAAUAAAGAGCAGUAUUUUUUCCUCGGUAUAAAACACCCCAAGUUGUUGUUUGGCCCAGACGGUCUGGCUGUGAUGCCACAUCCCAAGGGGUCUGAGGGCAGAGCUGCACAUUCCCCACCCUCAGACAGAACAAGUGCUGUUUGCGCUGCCCGAGCCUGCUGUGAAGUUCAAGGUCAUGCUGGAAAUCUGGCAUAAAUCCAGCAGGCACGUUUAAGUGCAGACUGUGUUAAUAAACAUUAAUGAACACUAACCAGUUCAGAGGCAUCUGUUUUACCGGCUGGUAAGAGGGCUCGACAGAAAACACAUCCCCUCCUGGCACGUCUCUUGUGGCAAGUGCCACAUACACCAUCAUAACAGAGACCAAAAAAAAAAACCCAGUUCGAAAUCACAAAAGUAUUUUUUUUUAAUAUAUUUAAGGCAAUAAGGAAAGGUCUUAAAUCCACUGAUUUCCCAGCGAGGGUGAAAGCAGGGUUGUAACAGGGCCCCGAGGUCAAGGCACAACAGAGGCACCGCUGCCCAUUAACAGCAAACAAAAGAUGCCAAAGGCUGCAAGAGUGAAAUAAAAGCCAAAACACCUCCGUGGGGCUCUGCAGCUUUACACCUGAUCUUGAAUGUGUUUAUCUAGACAAUCACACUUCUAGUUUUCGAGGCAGAUUCUGUGAUUUAGGAGCCCAGGGAAAAAGCUUCUAAAGACAGUUCUGCAGAUAG